UUGGCCAACGUUCAUCAACAUCGACGUUCUUUUUUGUUUAUGUGAAAAUGAGAAACUUGUGUUGGCCCAGCAUAGUCAGCGUUCUGCUGGCACUCGCAGCGCAGAAGGUGUCAGCGAUUGUUGGCACUGGCCGGGAUGUGGUGCUGACGCCCAAACAGGCGCUUCAACUCAACGGCAAGCGUCUUUUCUACGAGGAGCAGCAACAGCAGCCAGCCGCAGACAGAUCCUGGGAGCACACGCUCAAACAUGUCACCUACGUGACGCUCUUCACCGACGCCGCGCUCGGUGCCGCCUCUGGCAAUCUCAGCCAGCUGCAUGACUAUCAUGACUUUCUGCAGACGCCGUAUGUGCCAGCUACCGCUGCUGGCCAGGCACAGGCGCCAUCCUCGCGCUUUGGUGACAUCGUCACGCUGGCCAGCGGCCGUCUGGAGCAAUUGUCUAGCAAUGGCAGCUAUCGCUUUGUUGAGGGCGCCACCGAUGCCAGGGAUGCAGUGCAGCGAGCGGAUCCGUCAGUGGUGCAGACGCGAGCCGUGUGGCGAGUGCAGCGUAUUCGGCAUCGGGAUGGCGAGCAAUCGCCCAAUCCUCGGUAUCACUACGAGAUGAAGUACAGUGUGUCGCCAGUGGCCGCCAGUCUUGGCUGGCCACCGCAGAGCUACAUCCAGAAGGAGUCCGACUACCCGCAGAGCUUUGGUCGCAUUGCCUAUGAGGAGAAGCGCGAUCAGACGUUUGCCCAACGUCGUCAGGAUCGCCAGCCGCAGGCAACCUUCGUCCGAGGCAUCUUCCAGCCUCCUCCGCCUGCAUCCGCUCUGAAUAUCGGUGAGUAUUUAAAGGCUGGACCGGAGCCACCGAAGAGUUCGCCAAAGAUCGAGCUGUUCCCGGGCCUCUUCAAUUUGGGCCUGCGUCCCAAUUACAUUCCCGCCACCACGUUCCGUCCGAGCUAUCCGAUUAAAUUCGCUGCACAUCCGGAGCUGACGACUCCCCUGGAGCGCUUCCCUCUACCCAAUGAACUAAGCGGCACUGCUGGCGAUGCUGGCGGCGUGCCAGCUGCUGCUCCCCCAGUAACCCAUCACUUUCAUCAUCAUUUCUACAUGGCCACAGGCCAUGGCAACGCUCAGCCGGAGCUCGGAUACCGACCCUCACUGAGCACGCCGGCUCCGCCCACUUCAGCGCUCCCCCUUCCCCACUCACAUUCUCAUUCCCAUUACCAUCAACAUGAGCAUAGCGACGAAGGUCAUCGAGAGGUUCAGUUCCCGACGAAUCAUGCAUCAGGCUCAACCGAAUCCCUGGAGACGGACGAGGAUUUGUACCAUAGCCAGGACCAGCAUGCGCUGCGGUCUCCACACGUUUACUCAGUGUACGAUCCAGCGUCUAAGUACCAGUCAUCGAAACUGGCGACGCCAUUGCUCAUUUAUGCAGGCGCUGGUGGUGAAGCAGACUCUGGCGAAGAUCACAAGUCAUUUGUGCACAGUGAGCCGUUAGAGGAAACCAUUUACCGCUACUCGGAACCGGAUCCCCUCUAUGUGCAUCAGAAUCCAGUGGAUGUGCUGCAGCUGGAGACGCCACAGCAACAGCAACAACCACAACCACAUCACGCACAAGCAACAACGGGCGACGAAGAGGAGCCCGAGGAUCAGCUAAGCGAACACGUAGAAGGAGGAGAGCAGCGACCAGCUGGUAGUCAGAAGCAAGCCAAGCUCGCAACGACACCAGCAACCACAACAACAACAACAACGAGUUCUACAGAGGCGAUGAUGACCUCGACAACAACAGCGAAGCCAACAUUUGCGGCUACGCCCAGCAAGGCGAGCUUUGUGUCCACCUCGACCAGCUUCACACCGCUGCGCGCCUUGAGUCGCUAUCGUACCACGCCUCGUAUCACGGCUGGCAGAUCGACGACAAGCACUACAACGACGACCGAGACGCCAUCGUUUGCCAAGUGGAAGCAGCGGCGCAAGGAGAAUACCACCCACGGACCGGACAGCAAACCGAAGAGCAGUCUGCGCCACGAGUCCAAGGUGGUCUUCAUUCCCACCACAACUGCAACGAUAACGACGACGACGACAAAAUCGCCUGCUAUCACCACAGAGCCACCAGCGACAACAUCAACUACAACUGUAGCUGUGUUAGACGCGGUGAAGCCGGUUCCUGGGCGAGAAGUAAUCGAGGUGCUCACCCAGAAGUCGGUAAGCAAAUCAGUGAGCAUCAAGGUGGGCGAGAACGGCGAGGAGAUACCCAUCAUUGUGGAUGAUGAUGAGAACGAGGUGAAGCCGAGCUAAAUAAGAAAUAAGCAUCUAAUCUUUAAAGUGUAAACUUAAUCUUAAGCGCCGUGGCACCCCAAAGAAGCAGCAGCCGAAGCAGUAGAAGAAGCCACAAUUUCACUCACUUCUAAUCUUGGUUAUAAUGAAUGCUAUCCAACAAUUCUCUU